GGUCUGGACAUGGACAGCUGGAAGAUUCAGGUUGUUGCUCUGACAUUUUGCACUUUGGUCCAAACUUCUCUCGCACUUUCUCGCAUCGUGGAAGCCUCUCCUGAACUAUUCCAGAAAUGGGAUGGCCCCCAAAGAAACCUUCCACUCACGGCUUUGUGGAAAAGAUCAAAGGCGAAUCGCUUCUAUGGACUCAUGGGCAAACGCUCCGGGACCAGAAGGCCACUUAAGUUCACCAGAAAAAAGAAAGGAGAAUCGUUCGUGGGCCUGAUGGGAAGAAGCAUACACACAGACUAUGGACCUGAAGACUUUCCAUCCGCAUCAACGGCUGACGUUUCACAGAAACCACAGGAACACGGGGCACCAGAGGAAUGGCUCACAGUUCAGUAUUGAUGGGGGAAGACAGAAAGAAAUCUUCUAUACAAUUUUAAAGCAACCAAAGAACCUGGAACAUACAAUCAUACAGCUUUCUUUAAAAAAAAACUGUUGCAAACAAAAACAGCUCUUGAACUCAUGAAGCACAUUUCAUGAAGGAAAUAAAAAAAUGCCUGAAAAUCUUCCAAAUGUGUCGUUUUUUUUCCCUGAAUACAA